AAAAUAAAUAAAGGCUUCAAUUAUUUUUAAAAUUACAUUAGAGGGGCCUUUCGGUAUCUUCAGCCGAAAAAAAUUGUUGUUGCUUGAACUGGGCUUUGUCUUCGCCAGCAAGAGCCAUUUCUGCUCCAUGAACCCAUUUGAGCUUAGGUUUUAUGUCUCCUUUAGGACCUUUCCUUUUCGGCGUUUAUGGGGUUUUCAUUGUUUCUUUUCUGGGUUUUUAGUUGCAUGCAGGAUUAAGGUUUUUAUUAUCGAUUUUUCUUUUUGCUUUUUUUAAAUUGCAUUUUCAGGUUUUAAAGCUCGUAUGUGUUCGUUCAAGCAAUCGACUUUUUUUGGUGAUUUUAGAGUCUUGGGUCUGCUUAAAAACGGAGUUUAAGGAUUGACUCUUAAAGAUCAGAUUUUUUAUUUUUUCAUUUAUUUUUUAGGAGGAUUUGUUGAAAGGGGUUUCUGAUGGGGAGCACCGAUGAGCCCAACAUAAAGGGCAUUGAUGCGUCGGUGGGUGGGUUGGUUUGGGUCCGACGCAGAAACGGUUCGUGGUGGCCAGGUCGGAUUAUGGGCCUUGACGAGCUCUCUGAGAGUUGUUUGGUUUCUCCAAGAUCUGGUACUCCCAUUAAGCUCCUUGGUCGUGAAGAUGCAAGCGUGGACUGGUAUAAUCUUGAAAAGUCUAAGAGGGUGAAGGCCUUUCGCUGUGGAGAAUAUGAUGCAUGUAUCAACAAAGCUAAGGCUUCGGCAGCAAAUUCUAGCAAGAAAGCAGUGAAAUAUGCUCGAAGAGAAGAUGCUAUUCUUCAUGCUCUCGAGAUUGAGAGUGCACGUUUAGGCAAGGAUCAUCCCGAUUAUUUCUCUAGAAAAGAUAAUUCUGGUGGUGACCAGGGUGGUUCAGCACAAGAACCACCUACCAUUUCACAUUCUGGGAAAGAAAAUGAGGAUAUGACUGAUGAAAUGAGUGAAUCUGAGGAUUACUUAGAUUUGGCUCCAGAAUUAUCACAGUCUGGCAUAUCCUUUGAAGAGCCAAAUCAUAUUAAUGGUUCUAAGGGGCACUCUAUGCUGGUAAAGAGAAGAAAAACCCCAAAUGAUUCAGAAGAUGAUGGAACAGAAGGAAUCAAGCGCAUGAGAGGACUUGAGGAUCUAGGUAUGGGUGUAGGGUCAAAAAGAAAAGCCCAGGCUGCCGGGGUGCUUGAGCUAGUUCAACAAGAUAAUGCUUCAUUUUAUGGCCCAAACACUGGCAACUGCCUGUCUAAUGGAGGUCCCAUAAAUGGUAGCAGAAAUCAUUCAUCUUCACUAAAAAGAAAGAGAUCUCAAGUGGCAAAUGUUCAUGAAUUCUUGAAAAGGAAAAAUCGCCGGCGACCAUUAACCAAGGUUUUGGAGAGCACAGCUAUGGUGUCAGUUCCAGUUGCAUGUGAUGAACUUCCAAGCUCAAGUGGUUCACCCCUUAGGGGACUCUCUGAUAGCAAGGUUUCAGGAAUGGAUUCUAAUGAAUCACGGAGAAGUGUUUCUGCUGUAGUUAACAACAACAACAACAACAAUAAUAACAACUCAGACAGUACUGGAGUUUCAUGUGAGAAUGGUGUCUCCUUAAAUGCUUCUGAACAUGCUGCUGAUGCAUCUCAAACUAAUAAUAAGACAAAAGACAAUGAAAUUUCCAGCAUACCGGGGCUAGCUAAAAAUGAAUCUUCUGACAGGCUAUUUGAUGUGCCAUUUGUUGGAGGAGAUAAACCUUCUGCAGAUUUUUCUCCAAUAUUUGUAUCUUGUUCAUCUGAGAUGCCUGAAGUCGGUGAUUUGGGGAGGCAAGCUGAAAUUGAGGGACAUAAUGAAUCUGGCUGUACCAGAUCAGUGGCUGUUCAUAAAAAUAUUAUUAGCCAGAGGAUAGAGAAAGGUAAUGCAGAGUGGCAGUUAAAAGGAAAGAGAAAAUCAAGACAAAUAAGUAAAAUUCAAAAACACGACUCGAGAAAAUAUGCUGACAUGGAUGAUGAACCAAAUGCUUAUUUGGCAGGUAUAGAGCACUUGGAUGGAUUUUCUCAGGGUUCUGAUCAGAAAGUUGAUUGCAAUGGUGUUGGUGGGUCACUUGCUCCAUACACUUGCACCUUGCAAUCCAAGUCCAAGUCAGUUGUUGAAGAGCUGCUUGAUGGGUUCCGGGACUGGAAGCCUAUGUCUCGGGAACCUCGAGUGAGGGGGCCAAUAAUGGAGGAAAAAAUACUACCUGAUGGUUCUCUGACCCGUCAAAGGUUACUUCCAUACCGUCAGUCCCGCUAUACUGUCCACUCCAGAUAUCAGAUGACAGAUUUUCCUGGAAAACCUUUUUCUGCUGAUUCAUCAUUAUAUGAUGUUAAGAUUGAGGUGAAAGCUAACUAUAGGCCACAGCAUGUUCCAUUAGUUUCCCUCAUGAGUAAACUGAAUGGUAAAGCCAUAAUUGGUCACCCUCUAACGGUCGAGGUUUUGAGUGAUGAUUAUUGUGGCAAUUUGACUCAAGAAGCUGGUAUGAAGUGCAAUGAAAUUGUUCAUUUAAUGAAGCGAAAUUCAGGUGGACGAGUCCCUACAAAGCAUGUGAAAUUGCAAUCACGUAAAUCAGCCAAAGCGAAGAAAUCUGGACUGUUGUCAAAAAAGAUUCGGAAAUUGUCUUCAUUGACUGGUCGGAAGCAGGGUGUAGCAGACAGGAAACCGGUUGCGGAUAAGCCCGAGGCUCCUGUAAUAGCUUGCAUUCCUCUAAAGUUAGUAUUCAGUAGGAUAAAUGAAGCAUUGAAUGGCUCAGCACGACCAACACACCGCCCUUUAACAUCCGGAAAUUCAUGAAUAGGUGAUUUCGGGGACUCUGUUCGUCUAGAGAACCCAGUAGCUGGUUCAUUUUAAAAUCCUUGCCAAUAGCAGCAGCAGCAUGCAUUCUGCCACAGGUAGGUCAAUGAAUCCCGUUGUACAAUUGAAUUGACAUUGGUUUUGUUGUAGAAAGGGAAACUGGUAGGAGUACGAAGGAUGAUGAUGAAGGCUUCUCUAGCUUUGUAUAUAUGAAAGUGUAACAUUAGUUUGAGGUGUAAAGGAGGUGGGAUCAGGUGAUAUUGGGUUUUCUUUUUUUUUUUUUAAUUCAUGAAUUCAGGUUGAUUCAGGGGGCUAAUAUCCUAAAUUUUACCAGUUGUACCUUUUUUGGCUUUGGGACUUUGAUUUGGUAAUUUAUUCCAAUUCCCAUAGCCUCUUUCUUUUCAACUUUUGUACUGUUUUUGGAAAUUCAAAUUCUAAUGUUUUUCUUGCAAAUUCCAUUUCCUUCUUUCUUCCUUUAUUUUUGUUAUUGAGAUGUAGACCCUUUUUGGGUUGAUCAUGGAUCAGGGCCCCAUUGAU